AUGGAGCGGGGUACGCCACAAAGGAAAACCGUGUACCGUAUCUCUUUGACAUUAGUGAAAAAAGAGAGUCUGCACGAUGGAGGGGGCUCAGAGCACCAGGGACUGGAGAACCCCAAAGUGAGCGCGUACAGGCGGGAGGGAUCCUGUGAGAUUCAACGGACCUCCCAGCUGGAAGAACUGAAAGAAGUGGAGGAUGAGACGGACGAAUUUCAUGCCCACUCAUACAUGAGGAACUUUAGGACCUUUAGUACUGGACAUCUGGAGCUGGGCAGGUUAAAAAUCUCUAGGAGGGCACAGAAUUCACACAAAGACAAGGAAGUAAAUGAAACUUGCAUCUUGCCAGAGAAUGGUCAGAACAAGGUUACUGAAAAUGUGGCAACAAUGCGCACAAAGAAUGUGCCAGCACAGGAAAAGACUGAAACUGAUAGACUAAAGCAUGAAGAAAUCUGCAGUGCAGCUGCGCCUAAUGGACAAAACACUGGCAUUAGAAAACAGACCCUCAACACCUCCAGGAGCACAGAAGAACCGGUAAGUACUUGGUCAGAUGAGACUCGGGCCUCAGAGGAGGUAAAGGACUUUCCGAAGGCCAGAGAGAGCUGCAUCUCCGCUUUACUGGCCAAAGGGAAUGGGAAGUCCCCCAAGCCCGCACCUCAAACCCCCACAGCGAAGAGGCACCCAAGCCUGCUGCGUCGAAGUUUCAGCUUUCGGCACUGGACAGGCGGAGAGUUGAUUCGCAUUCGGGCACUCUCCAAAAAGAAGCACCACAGCAGCUCGGGCUGCAUCGGGCAGGACGGCGGGGAGAGCCAGGCCCAGUCCGGCGUGGUUCUGCAAAACCCGGCCUUCGAUGAGUCUGAGUCCGCUGAGAAGCGAAACACCUUGGAUGUCGGCGAGGUCCUGAGCAAACCGGGCUCCAUGACGGAGCUGAGCCGCAGGGACAGGGCAAAGGGCAAGAACCGCACUUUGGACAACAGUGAUCUUCUCAGGCUUUCGGAGAAAUCUUUGGUGGAAAAGGAGGGUUUCAUCAGAGGGACAGGCUCCCGUUCCAGUGGACAGGAGCGUAAACUCAUUCGGUUCUUCAGCGGUAUCUUCUCAAAGCGAGAUGGGACAUCUACGCCACUGAGCAGCCCCAGCAUUCGGGCACUUCGAAAGAACGGCCUUCUGGGAUCUUUGCGACGAUCCGAAAUGGGCUACUCGCAGUCCAGCACAGAAAGUGUCAACGGAUGCCCACCAGAGGAUGCAUUUGUCAACAGUCAGGAGUGGACGCUCAGCCGCUCCGUACCAGAACUCAAAGUGGGCAUUGUGGGUAACUUGGCCAGUGGGAAGUCGGCACUAGUGCACCGGUAUCUGACUGGGACAUACGUGCAGGAAGAAAGCCCUGAAGCUGACGUGGAUGCAGGAGGACGUUUUAAAAAGGAGAUUGUGGUGGAUGGACACAGUUACCUCCUCCUCAUCAGGGAUGAAGGGGGACCUCCGGAGGCUCAGUUUGCGUUGUGGGUGGAUGCGGUCAUCUUUGUGUUCAGUCUGGAGGAUGAGAUCAGUUUUCAGACGGUCUAUCACUAUUAUAGUCGUAUGGCCAACUACCGCAACACAGCCGAAGUGCCCCUGGUGCUUGUGGGAACUCAGGACGCCAUAAGUGCAGCUAACCCUCGUGUCAUCGAUGACACGCGUGCUCGCAAACUGUCCAAUGACCUGAAGAGGUGCACCUAUUACGAGACCUGUGCCACCUACGGCCUCAACGUGGAACGGGUCUUCCAGGACGUGGCUCAGAAAAUAGUAGCGACUCGGAAGAAACAGCAGCUGUCUAUUGGACCCUGUAAGUCGCUGCCCAACUCACCGAGUCACUCUUCGGUCUGCGCUGCACCUGUGUCCGCAGUGCACAUCAGCCAGACCAGUAAUGGCGGAGGCAGUUUGAGCGAUUACUCCUCUUCCGUGCCAUCCACUCCCAGUACCAGUCAGAAGGAAUUGCGUAUCGAUGUGCCCCCAACUGGCAACACCCCUACGCCCGUCCGCAAACAGUCCAAACGACGCUCCAACCUCUUUACGUCUCGGAAGGGGAACGAACCAGACAAGGAGAAGAAAGGGAUUGACAGUCGCGCAGACAGCAUUGGAAGUGGCCGCGCUAUCCCAAUUAAACAGGGCAUGUUGCUGAAAAGAAGCGGCAAAUCGCUCAACAAAGAGUGGAAGAAAAAAUAUGUCACGCUUUGUGACAAUGGAGUCCUCACCUACCAUCCCAGUCUGCAUGAUUACAUGCAGAAUGUUCAUGGAAAGGAGAUCGACCUGCUUCGGACUACAGUGAAGGUUCCAGGGAAGAGGCCCCCCAGGGCCAUCUCCACAUGUGCGGCCCCCAGCCCCAGAACAAACGGGCUGGCCAAGGACAUGAGCAACCUGCAGCUUGGACAGACAGCUGGAUCCGUGAGCAGUAGUUCUUCUGCAUCUCAGAUGGCGAGCGGCAUCAGUCUGGUGUCGUUUAACAGUCGUCCGGACGGGAUGCAUCAGCGCUCAUACUCCGUGUCCAGCGCUGACCAGUGGACUGACGCCACAGUCAUCGCCAACUCCGGGAUCAGUACAGAUACUGGCCUUGGAGAUUCCAUGUGCUCCAGUCCUAGCAUAUCCAGCACCACCAGUCCAAAAAUUGACCCGCCCCCAUCCCCACACGCCAACCGCAAGAAACACCGGAGGAAGAAGAGUACUAGCAACUUCAAGGUGGAUGGCUUCUCUGGCACCACAGAAGAACAAGAGGACAACUUUGAGUUCAUCAUCGUGUCGUUGACGGGACAGACGUGGAACUUUGAGGCAACGUCCUACGAGGAGCGGGACGCAUGGGUUCAGGCGAUUGAGGGCCAAAUCCUGGCGAGUCUGCAGUCCUGUGAGAGCAGCAAACAGAAGUCUCGUCUGAGCAGCCAAUCAGAAGCCCUUGCGCUACAGUCGGUCAGGAACAUGAGAGGAAAUACACGUUGUGUGGACUGUGAAGCCCAGAACCCUGAUUGGGCCAGUCUGAACCUAGGCGCUCUGAUCUGUAUCGAAUGUUCAGGCAUUCAUCGUAACCUGGGUACUCACCUGUCCCGUGUCCGCUCUUUGGAUCUGGACGAGUGGCCGCUGGAGCUCAUAAAGGUCAUGUCAGCCAUCGGCAACGAACUCGCCAAUAGCGUGUGGGAGGCCAAUGCUCAAGGACGCCUAAAGCCCGCCCCUGAUGCCAGCAGAGAGGAGCGUGAGCGCUGGAUCAGGGCCAAAUACGAGCAGAAGCUGUUUUUGGCAUCACUAGCGUGCACAGAACUGACUCUGGGACAGCAGUUGUUGCAUGCCACGGCAGAGGAAGACCUGCGCUUUGUGGUCAUACUGCUGGCCCACGGCUCCAGAGAUGAGGUCAACGAAACCUGUGGGGAAGGUGACGGCCGGACAGCCCUGCACUUGGCCUGCCGCAAGGGAAACGUGGUGAUCACACAGUUACUCAUAUGGUACGGGGUGGACAUCAUGGCACGGGAUGCCCAUGGCAAUACGGCGUUGGCGUACGCACGGCAGGCUAACAGUCAGGAAUGCAUGGACAUCCUUAUUCAGUACGGUUGUCCCGACGAGCAUUACCCGCUCAUGGCCACGCCCAACCUGUCGCGCAGGAACAAUAACCGCAAUAACAGCUGCAGCAGCGUGAACAGUGCAGUUAUAUGAGAAAUAAGACUCUCACAUACACAUGCACAUAUAAGCAUGCACUCCUUCUCCCUCACUACACGCACCCUCAUGUACAGCUCCACCUCUGCUUCAGAAUCACGAGAGCAGCAUAUACAGUACCAGACUCGAGGGAGUGACUGACACUGACGACGAUGAUGAUGAUGAUGAUGAUGACGCAUGAGCUUCUGCACUCACAGCCCCACUUGGCACCAUGACUAUACAAGCCCUGACGUGGCGAGGGCAUUGGUCACCUCGUUCUGUUCGCAGAGUCCUUCAUCUCAAAUGUCUUCAUUAUGGAACAACAAUACAAAAGUGAAGAGCCCUAACUUUUAUUUUUAACAGCACCUAUUUAGGGAGAUUAGGGUGUGGGUUAGUGAGCUGAUGGGGUGUUGGUGCAUCUCUCAUCUGCUCCCUUUCUGCGGAGUCCAGCAUAUGGCGUAGCAAGACAGGAAAUGAUGAUUACUCUAAUGCCGGAUCUCCAAAUGUGACCCAGAAGUCCCAGACAACUUCAUUUGGCCACCGUCUCUUCUUUCUCUCUCUUUCCCUCUCCCUGUCACUGUUUCAGUGCCUCUAUUCUCACUCAAUUUCAUCUCCACUGCCUCACCAACACGGUCUCGCAACAUCUCUCAGCACAGAAUAACAGGACAAAAACACCUUGCAAUUGCGAGAUCGAAACGUACAAUCGCAACUUUAUAGUGAAAAUUGUGAGAUAAUUGUUACUAAUAUCGUCACUUUUUGCGAUGGUGACUUUUGCGUCGCAAUUUUGACUUUAUUUCUUGCAAUUUAAUAGUCGACUUUAUGAAACUGUGCAAAAUAGUGAAAUAAAAAGUGAAGCUGUUUCUCGCAAUUGCGAGUUUAUCACACAAUUGCAACUUUAUGUUUUGUAAUUGCGCCUUUAUAUGAUUAAAGUGAUAUAAACUCGCAGUUGUGCUUAAAAAAGUCAAAAUGAACCAAACUGCCACUUUCUCGCAAUCGUGAGAUUAUUUCAUGCAAUUGGGAGAAAUAUGGUCUGAAUUUUGAGAUACUAAGUCAGAAAUCCUUACGUGUAUCUUAUGUAUAUCAGUGAAAUUCGAAAAGCGGAAAUUGUGAGAUCUGAAGUCGAAAUUCUGAGAGAUAAAUUUAGAAAUAAGUGAGAAAUUUCGACUUUAUUGACGUGAUAUAAACUUGCAGUUGUGAGGGAUGGGGGGGGGUCAAAAUGACCUCAAUUGCUACUUUCUUGCAAUCACAAGUUUAUAUCUCAGAUUAAAUAUGGUCAGAAAUGUUAUUUAUAAAAUCAGAAUGACCUUUUUUAUUUUCCAUGGCAGGAUCAAGACACCGCAGCACUAAAUACUGUCCUGUGCAUCUCAGGGAAGAAAUUUAAAAAGUCGAAAUUCGGAGAUUGCAAGAAAUAAAGUCAGAGAUGUGAGAAAUGAGCACACUUGCAACUUUAUACAUCUUACAAUUUCGACUUUAUUGACGUGAUUAAAAACUUGCAGUCGUGAGACAUGAAGUCAAAAUGGCCUCAGUUGCUUCUUUCUUGCAGUCGUGAUAAUAUGGUCAGAAUAGAACGAUCUACAAUCCCAACCUGUGAUUGUUCAUGUCCUCUCUCUCUCUCUCUCUCUCUCUCUCUCUGUUGUAAGGGGUUUACUAUAAAGGAGAGAAUUUGAAGAAAACUCUCCCCAUGACAAAACCCUUUAUGAUGUUUUAUACCUGACCCUCUCCUUGUUUUAAUGGCGGGUUACGGUCUCUGAUGAAGGUCCGAGUGUGACUGUUGGAGUUGAGUUCACUCGCUCCUCUUGUUCACAUUCAGUCUCUCUCUCUCUCUCUCUCUCUCCACAGGUCUUCAUUUCCUCCUUGCCUUUAUCUUCUCUAUUGUGUCAAUGAUCUGUAGGUGUAUUAAAGCAAUAUGAAGCCAAACUGAAACCAGGUAGACGAGUAAUAAUUGCUCACCGCGUUCUUGUAUAUCACCUAGCGGUCUGAGCUGUCGUUGUUAUUGAGAGAUGUAAAGUCUGAUGAAGACCCCAUCUCGGGGCGCUUGGCGUUAUAUCACGGAGAUGUUGACGUGCUUCAUAAUAUGAUUUGGUGGGCUUUGCUGGUUUAAUCUCUCCUCCAGGUGAUUUCACUCUUCACUAGGUAGUAGAACGUGAAGGUGCUCAGUUUAGGGACUGUGAUGUGUGUAGAAUUUAUGCUCUACAAUACGAGCAGUAAACAGGUAUUUGUGAUGUUAUGUGAAGACUCUUGCGUCGUUUCUCAAGGUUUAGAUCUUGAUGGAAAACGGUGAGGACGAGUUUCAGAUUUAGUAAAGGACAGGCCCGUGUGGAAAGGAUAAGGAAGGUUUCAUGUACAGUUAAUUUUCCGCUCCAGAAGGUGCAGUUUUUGCCUUGUAUAUAACGUAGCGGGCCUUUUAGGGGCUUUACCACAGUAACCGUUAUUUAUGACUAAACGCACUACACAGAUCGCUUGUGAAGAGCCCUCAUUAUAAUGUUCACUUCCAGUCCUUUCUGUGGAACAAGUCAUUUUUGUUUUUGAUCUUUUUGCAUGAAUGGAUGUAAACGUUCUCUUCCUCGUGUAAAUGUCUUAGUCUUUAUAAAAUGACUAGAGAGUCUGCCAUUUUAACAUUUGGACUUUUUUUGGGUCAGUCCUCUCGUCCAGUACAUUUCAUAGCUGGUCAUUUCUUUCAUCUGUCAUGAAGGAGCAAAAGACACCGAUCCAACCAAUCCCAUGACGGCGACCAAAGGAUCACGCCCCCUUUUCGAGCAUAUAAUGCGCAUGAUUUGGGAGGGUCUGUCAGUUCGUUCCAAGUUGCUCGAACAUUUCGUUUAGUUUUGACUCAUUUCCAUUCGCCCGUCUCGACUUACUGUAAAUAGUUGUAAAGAUUGAGAAGCGCAUAGUGUCACGAUUGUUUUGUUUACUUUGUUCUCGUUUGUGUUUGUUACCUCAUUUCAUUGACAGUAUCCAUGAUGCAUUCAAACCCGAGAGACCCGUUUAAUUAUUUAUGAAUAUGCUAAUCUGAAAGGGGAGGGGCUCUCUCACACUACUAGGCUUUUGUGUUUGUUCCUUUUUACUGUCCAUGACAACCAUCACCAUUCUGAUUAGAAUUAUCGGUGUUGUAUAUCUAAUUAUUAUUGUUAUUAUAUUGAGUUUGUGUCAGCUGUACAGUACUGUGUUGAAAAUUAUACCUGAUGCAGAGUCUUAUACUGUAAUGUGUCUCUUUUCAAUAAAAAUGCUU